AUGCAAAAUAUGUUCCAUUUAACAGUUAAUUUUACUAAAGAAUUUGUAAUUAUACAAUAUUAUGAAGGGUUGAAAAUACCCAAGCUAUUGCUGUUGGGAUUCUAUACAAUAAAAAGAGAAAGCAUGACAGGAAGGGAAAAAUUCUAGAAUGUUAAUUUCGCCAUUAUUAAGGAGUGUUGA